AUGCGCACCGGCAAUUCCGAGACGCCGCUCCGGACGAGCGCCUGCAGAUUACCAAAGCUGCGUCUGCUCCGUGGUGGUGGUGGUGGUGGUGGUGGUGAGCUCGUGGCUUGGCGGGGCGUCUGCGCAGGAAAGUGCCAACCUAUCCUGGAAUGGGCAAAGCUGGUCCCCACCCCCCGAUGCGCAAAACACCUCAUCAAGGGAAAGGCGUCCGGGUGA